AAGAGUUGAACAUCAUUUCAAUUGGCCUAAUUGUGCGAGGAACGAAUUUCAAGACCACCGCUACAGCGACGCAGUCAGCCAGUGUUACAGAUUCUAGCUAGAGGUUCACUUCACAAUGGAUAAGCCCAAGCCUUUAGUUUUUGACGGUAUGAAUAUGCCACCCUUACGACCCCUAAGGGAAAAUGCCGAGAAAAGAUUCACGGAAAUCAGGGAUCUGGAAUGCAUGAAGGACGAUAUCAUUCUUGCCACUUACAGUAAAUCAGGAACACACUGGAUUUGGGAAGUUGUGUGCAUGCUGAUCAAGGGUACCACGGAAUACACCAAAGAAACCAAGGAAUUUUUCUUCCUGGAAGCAAUCCCUGACUUAGAUGUCGUCCAUAACCUCCCUUCUCCCCGACCAUUGAAUACACAUCUCCCAUACCGAUGGCUGCCGAAACAGCUGACAGAAAAAGGCGGGAAAAUAAUUCACGUCAUCCGUAAUCCUAAGGACAUAGCAGUGUCGCUAUACCAUCACUAUGUGUCUUUUGGGGCGAUGAACAUUUCAUUUAAUCAGUUCAUGGAAACCAUGUUUAUGAUUCCAAACCCAGCAUGUUCGAUGGGCAGCUGGUAUGAUUACGUGAAGGAGUUCGAACAAGCAGCCGAAAACGACAAGCAUGGCGCUAUCCUCACAAUGUUCUAUGAGAGCAUGAAGAAGAAUCCCAUCGACGAAACAAAACGCUUAGCCAAAUUCUUAAACGUUGAAGCAAGCGAUAAACUUAUUGAAGACAUUGUAGAGAAAUGUAGCUUUGAAAAUCUUAAAAAUGCCGAUAAAACCAUCAAAGACCAGUCAAUCAUGAAGAAAAUUAUCGACUUACCAAAUAUGGACGAGAAUGCUAAACCCAACAUGUAUCGUAAAGGUGUGAUUGGAGACUGGAAAAACCACUUUACGGUGGCUUUGAAUGAGCAGUUUGAUAAGAUUUAUGCAGAUGAGAUGAAAAAUUCCAAACUUCCUAUUCAGUUCGAGUAGAGUGUUCAUUGUUUCAUCAAUCUAAUUUCAUGAACGUUUGUAAAAUGACAUGCCAUGCAUCAUUUUGUAUAUUUUCCUCUUUCUUUCUCUCUUUCAUGACAUUUAAAAUACUGAAGUACUUUAAGCCGGUCUCUUUUGAUUUGUCAUAAUGCAAAUUGUGUAAUUACUGGGAAUCAAUCUCUCUCUCUCUCUCUCUCUCUCUCUCUCUCUCUCUCUCUCUCUCUCUCAUACUUUUAUUGUUGGCAAAGGGAGCGACUAAAUUUUGUAAGGACUAUCAAAAAGUAUGUCUCUCUAGUUGAAAAAAAAAGAACAGUGCAAUGAAUUUUUAAACAAGUGUUAUGAAUUUAACCCCCAUUAUUCGAUGUACAGCCAGAUACAUAGUGCUUUGUAAAGUAGUUUAUGAAAUUUUAUUUGCAUUGUGUAUGUGCCCAAAAUGCAUAGCCUUGUUUUUAAAACACGUAAUAAAUAAGAAAAAAACUC